UUUAAAUUCGAUACUCUCCCCUUUUUAUUCGUUUGUAACAUUGUACCUUUUCUGGACAUGUAAUACAGUAGCGGAUACGUCACUUGACGACCAUACCUACAGUAUACAAACCACCUGUUAUCCUAUACCGUCCCUAACACCUACACAGGGGGCCACUAGCGUACCACCAUCUUGUGUUUUCAAACGGUUGUCGGUAGUGUACAUCUUCUUGGCUUUUAGCGACUGCAAAGACGCUCUGUAAGAGAACGUAUGUCCAUUGUAAUUCGGUUUGCGUGACCACGACCUAUCAGAGAGAGACAUGUCGACAUGACCUGUAAAUACGUGGUACGUUUAACUCUCAGUAAAUAGCGUUGUACUACAUAGCAACUUGGAGCUAAACUUCGUAGACAACUGCGAGACUCAGUACAGCACCUGAAGGAAGAUGCCUCCUAAGAAGAAGAAGGGAAAGGGGAAGAAGAAGAAGGGGAGUGCCAAGGGGUCGGCGGCGGGUUCCCGAGCGGCCUCGGCGGUGGAUGAAGGGCCUGUGUCCGAGGCCAGGAAGGAGUUCUACCUGAUACAGAUCAAAGAUCUGGAGAGGAAGAGAGAAAGACAACAGCAGAAGGCUCAGGAGCUGGAAGAUGCCAACAAGGAGUUCAAGGACCAGUAUGACCAGAUGUCGAAGGACAAGCACGACAUCGUCACGUUUCUGAAGAGGACUCUCCAGGAGCGGAUAGACGAGGUGGCCGACCUCACGGACAGGUUAUCGGCUCUUCAACAGGAUAAGGACCAGGAGAAGGAGGCGUAUGAAGAAACCAUCAAGUCUAUGAAGGCAGAGUUCCAGGAGACCAAAGACAACCUCAGCACGGAGAACAUGAACCUACAACGAGCGUUAGCGGGUCUGGAGGAGUUUAAGAUCCAGAGAGAAGACUUGAUGCGGAAGUUCGCUAACCUGGAGGAGGAUUCGCGGAAACUUCAAGAUGAGCAUCAGGAACAGAUGUACAAACUGGAGCGGAAGGCGGUGGUGGACAAGGACAGGUUGAAGAAGGAGAUGGUUCUGAAAGUGAACCAAGUCGCGGCGGAGUUUAGAAAGGUCUCCAACAAACAGAUGGCGGACACCACCAAACGGACCAUCCGGGAAAACGCCUCCAUCAACAGUCAACUCACCAAGAUGUCCGACAAGACUAUGGACAUGCUGCAGGAAAUUGACGAGCUCCGUGCGAAGGAGAAGCACAAUCGGCAGCAGAAACAGCUGUUGGAGGCAAACGAGAAGGAACUGGCCAAGAAAAUACAUUCCAGUCAGAAGGUGAUUCGCAUGUUGACGGAGAAGUCGAAGCAGACGGAGGCCCUGCUGGCUGAGUUCGAGGCUAGGGAGAUGGAGUACCAGGAGAUGCAGUCCGAGUCGCACCUCAUACGCACGCAGAACGAGGCUAUGAAACAAGAGCUGCAGAAAAUCAGCCGGGAACUGGACAACAAGGAGGAACAGGUCACUGAUCUGCAGCAGUCAUUGGAAGAUGAAACCAAAGCCAAACUCAAACUAGAACAGCUGAUCCUGGACACAGCAGCCAGCAUGCACAACGCACUGAAGGGCCCCGCCCCUGACGACCCAGACUUUGAGGCGCUCUUGGAACAGCGGGAGAAGAGAGACGGGAUGCUGGAGCAGAUCCUCGCCAUGUUGAACAGCGCGGCGGCGCUCGGGUUCGGCCCGGCUCCGGGCAGGCUGGGCAAGACGUCAGCAGACACGUUCAGGACCAAGACAAGCUUCCUUCCCGCCGUGGGAAUUGGGUUAAAGAAAGGAACUGUGUCGAUGUCCCCGUUCGCCACUCCCGAGGGUACGGUGGCACACUACCAACUGGGAGACCUCGGGCUGGUGCCGAAGCCUCGGGAGGCCAUGAUGGCGUCCAUGGCGCAGAGUGUAGGCGGGCUGUCGCACACCACCUCCCGCCUGGGCGCCGUGAGGGACCCGCGCAGGGUCAGGUCUGUCGGCGUGCAGACAGCAAGUGCACAGAGGGCGAUGUUCUUCGCCGACCAGCUGCUCCGAUCUCCAGUGAAGGGACUAGACUAUCCGGAGAAGAUCGCCGAGACGUCUUUUACUCAGCAAAGAAAGAAAGUACGCUGAACGUCUUGAGAAUUUACCCCAGAUAUCAUAAAGUCUUGUCUUCGCGUUACAUACGUCCAAAGUUUG